UAGAAGCACGCCGCAGUUUGGGGUAUUUGUAAAUUUUCAGUCAAUCAUUGUACCCCAAACAUAAAAAAUUUCAACAGGUGCCCGUCGAAGUGCUUUUAUUUGUAACAAUUCUCAGUUACAUGGUAUUUUCAAAGUCAUUGUUCCAUCUGUUGCAAUUAUCAUUUUGAUCAACUAGCAUUUCGGAGAGAAACAUCAAUGCGUGGUGGACGAUGGCUUGAUCAGUGGGGGCUGAAUAAUCUGGAAGCUGCACCCUGCCAGCCAGAGGAUGGAUGAUGUCAGAAGCUAUUCCAUGCGCCCAUCUAGCCGAGGUGGUCGGGAUCUGGCCACCAUGAAGCCGCGAGGCAGGGCCAGAACUCGGAUACGUCGGUCUAAGGUGAUCGACAGCGACGACGAGUCACUGUGUGAGCCGACCGCGUCCGAUGGUCCGCCGUCUCCCGACCGACCGGGACCGCCCCGGCCGCACGUGUUCGACAUGGAGGCGGAUAUCUCGCAGCUGGAGCCGGCCACCUUCACCACGAUCCAGCGCGGCCAGCCAGAGCCCAUGCUGCGCCUCUCGUGGCACCACAAGGUGAACUUGAUCGCAGCAAAGGUGCUCAAUCCUUUGAUAUAUCUCUGUGAGAAAUGUGACUGCCCAAUACUGGCGUACGGCAGAAUGAUUCCGUGCAAGCACGUGCUAUGCUACGACUGCGCCAAGGUGCAGGACAAGUGCUGGCGGUGCGGCGACCGGGCGGUGCGCGUGGAGCGCGCCGGCCUGGGCAAGCUCUACAUGUGCCUGCACGACGGCAAGCGCUACGACAACAACGGCUGCCGGCGCACCUACCUCAGCCAGCGCGACCUGCAGGUCAGGGCCCAGCCGCAGGUGGCGCGCGUGGACCAGCACUUCAGCGGCCGGCAGCCCACCCACCCCACACACCCCGGCCACGGCAGUCCGCACCCCGUCCGUGGAGGCUCGCACCCGCUGGAAUAUGGAUCGGCCAAGACGACGCUGCCGUCCAUGAAGCAGCAGCAGAUUCCCGUGAUGACUACGCAGCGCAGCAGCAACCUGAUCACCAUCCCGAUCCAGGGCCAGGAGGCGAUGCAGGAGACGCCGCCGCCGCUCCAGCAGCAGCAGCAGCACCCGGCGUACGUCGGCUACCAGGCGGGGUACUCGCCGGCCAGCUACGGCCAGCCACCGUCCUCUGCCACCGCGCCGUUCUACCAGACGCCGCCGCCGGCGUCGCCAGCCGGCUACGGGCGCGCCUUCCCGCCACCGGGCGUGCGGCCGGCACAGUACCCGUCGCCGCAGCAGUGGGUCACGCCGCCGCCGCUCGGCCGGCCGCCGCCCGCCGCCCAUUACUACCGCUAG